AUGUCGCAAAACGAUCACGAGUUGUUAUCGAGACGUUUAUAUUUCGAGAUGUCAGCUAUCGACCCUGACUGCGGCGUCAAUGCUAUCGUCAAUUACACGCUUGGCGAAAGCUUCGCGAAGCCACAAUUUUCUGUAAAGCCUGACACUGGGGAGCUUUGUGUGUCAGCUCCACUCGACUAUGAGGCCUACAGCGAAUUCGAAUUCCCUGUAUUAGCCACAGAUAGAGGAGGCCUGUCCACAACCGCUAUGGUGAAGAUCCAGCUACUUGAUAUAAACGACAAUGUCCCAGCCUUCACUGUUAAAGAUUACAACGUGUCUCUGAAAGAAGGACGGAUAUCGAUCGAGCCGAUUAUUGCAGUUUCCGCAACCGAUUCUGAUUCAGGCAGAUUCGGUACUAUUACUUAUAGAAUAGUAAGUGGAAAUGAGAACGAUGUAUUCAGAAUUGACAGAAGCACAGGAGAGAUAUUAGUUACUAAGCCAGCUCUAGUUCAAGCAAAUGGAAAAUUUGACCUGGAAGUUUCAGCUACUGAUGGUGGUGGUUUAACUGCUCCUCAAAAUGCUGUAGUACAUGUUACUGUAAUGCCUGCUGGAAUGGGAUCAGCUCUCUUUGACAAACCAAGAUACAAUUUUCGGAUAAAAGAAGAUGUACGGAUUGGGACGAUAGUCGGAAAUCUGAAAGCCACUGUUAGUGAUAGAGGCCAACCCCCAGUGCGCUACAGCAUCGUCUCCGGGGAUCCAGAUCAUCGUUUUACUAUUGAGCCGCUCUCCGGGUCUAUUAGAACUGCUGGACUGCUGGACCGUGAAACCACUGCUUCAUAUCUACUCAAUGUCAGAGCUGCCAAUGGAAAUCCCUCGAGUUUUGAUCAAACACAGGUCCAAAUCACCCUAGAAGAUGUCAACGACAAUACACCAGAAUUUGGUACAUCAUCAGUACGAGUCUCAGUAGCAGAAUCGGCUCCCAUCGGUUCUAUAGUUUACGCUGCAAAGGCAACUGAUGAAGACUAUGGAAAAAACGGUCAAAUCAGUUAUCAUUUAAUAUCAAGCACAGGACCCGCUAAUACAUUUGCAGUGAAUCAUCAACAUGGACUAGUCACAUUAUUGAGGUCUCUUGACUACGAGAAUCUCGUUCGACAUACACUCAUCAUUUCAGCUAAGGACAACGGUAUACCCUCGUUAAGUGCAAACUUAACUUUGGUUGUAGAUGUUCAAGAUGUCAAUGACAAUUCGCCAAUAUUUGAACAUGAUUCGUAUAGUGCGAAUGUCGUUGAAUCUGAAACUGUUAAUGCUAAGAUCCUUGAAAUUCAAGCUAUAGACAAAGACACAGGUAACAACGCACGUAUUACAUACAAGAUUGCACAAGAAUCCACAAAUAUAACUGAAGAUUAUUUUAAAGUACAACCCAGUACUGGUUGGGUAUAUCUAGCUAAACAACUAGAUAGAGAAACGACUGAAAAACAUAAAAUGGUUAUAAUAGCUGUCGAUAACGGUAUACCGCCACUUUCCGCAACAGCUAACUUAAUAGUCAACGUAAUAGAUGCAAAUGACAAUGAUCCAGUAUUCAGCAAAACGGCGUACGAGUUCCAAGUUGAAGAAAAUCAAAAAGCUGGAGCGUUGGUAGGAAAAAUUGCGGCUACGGAUGCGGAUUUAGGUGAUAAUGCUGUUAUCAGAUACAGUCUCUUUCCGAGUAAUACAAGCUUCAAUGUUAAUCCCAUUACAGGUGUUAUAACAACCAAAGAAAUCUUAGAUAGAGAGUUUAAAUCCUCUUACUCUUUAUUUGCCGAAGCUAAAGAUCAAGGGACUCUCUCCAGAUCCAGCAGAGUUCCUGUUUCUAUCAAAAUUACCGAUGUAAAUGAUAAUCCGCCAGAAAUAAUUGAUCCUAGAGAAGAUGUGGUUAGUGUGAGGGAGGAACAACAGCCCGGCGCAGAAGUUGCCAGAGUUAAAGCUAUUGAUAGAGAUAAUGGUGUAAAUUCUACUAUAACUUACUCUAUCUUGAAUGAGAGAGAUAUGGACGGCUUCGGUGUUUUCGUUAUCGACGCUGACACUGGUGUUAUUAAAACUAGUACUGUAUUGGACCAUGAGGAACGAUCAAUAUACCGUCUCACAGUAGCUGCAACUGAUGGAGGUACACCACCUAAGAAAACAGUGAGGCAACUGAAAGUCGAAGUAUUAGAUUUAAACGACAAUAGACCAACAUUUACUAGUUCCAGCUUAUCCUUUAAAGUAAAAGAAGAUUCCAAAAUCGGCCAUGUUGUGGGAACAGUAGCAUGUUGUGUUAGUGACAUUACAGAAAACUCAGUCAACGAUAAUGAUGAAAAGCAAAUAUCAUAUCUUCUAAUGCCCCUCACAACGGACCAUGCACCUGGGACUUUCGAAAUAGAUCGGCGUACAGGUUCUUUGGUAGUUGCUAGACAACUAGAUAGAGAAAUACAAGAUGAGUAUCGCCUUGAAGUAAGAGCUUUGGACACAUCCGCAACCAACAAUCCUCAAAGCAGUGCUGUGACAGUAAAGAUUGAAAUAAUAGAUGUCAAUGACAAUGCACCUCAGUGGACUCAAGAUCCUAUAAAUAUAGAAAUAUCAGAACUCACGCCUGUUGGUACGAUAGCCUACAAUUUUACAGCAAAAGAUGCUGAUUCAGGAUCUAAUGGAGAUCUCAAUUUUCACAUAGUGUCAUCCUUGCCUAGUGCUAAAAAUGUAUUCAGUUUAGAUCCACUUACUGGUUCUCUUACCUUAACCUCUGGUCUUGAUUAUGAAACAUUAAAAGAGUAUUGGCUAGUCAUAGAAGCAACAGACCUGGCACCAAAUGUGACGGAGAGAAUGGCAACAUCAGCAACUGUACAUAUUUCUGUUACUGAUGAAAAUGACAAUACUCCUAACUUCGUAUCAGCUCCUAAAGCUAUUGUUUCUCUUAAUACUUUAUCCGGACUUCUUUAUCAAUCACUGGCAGUAGAUGCUGAUUCAGGUGAUAAUGGAAGAAUAUCUUAUUACAUAUCUGGUGGUAAUGAUCAUGGUUAUUUUUCAAUGGAUUAUGAUAUUGGAAAAUUGACACUAUCAAAUAAAUAUUCGCAAGAUGUAUCCAAAAUUCGACCUGGACAAUACAAAUUGAAUCUCACUGCUUCUGACCAUGGAACGCCGUUUCCGAGACAGGCUCAUAUGACUUUGAAUUUAAUAUUACAAGAAUCAACAAAUAUUCCUCCAAGGUUUACGGAUUCUUUCUAUAGAACAAAUAUCAGUGAAGAUAUUAGACCAGGUAGCUUUGUGACAAGGUUGUCUGCUAAAUCAUCAAGAGGGAAUGCAAGUAAUUUAACGUACAUGAUUCCUUCUGGAGUAGCUGAUGACAAAUUUGCAAUAGACGAACGCCUUGGAACAAUUACAGUGAAAACUAAAAUCGACAGAGAAGAGAGAAAUCAAUAUACGUUCCCCGUUUACGUCACAGAUUCUAGUACCUUCCAAUCAACCAGUAAUUUUGACGUUACUACUGUCACAAUUAGUAUAAUGGAUGUAAAUGAUAACCCACCAAGUUUUAAAACUGGAUCAUGUUAUCCUCUAGCUAUACCAGAAAAUAAUGAUCCCGAAGUAAUACACACUGUAGCCGCUAGUGAUAAAGAUAUAGGAGCUAAUGGUGUUAUUACUUACAGUAUUACAUCAGGAAAUAACGGGAAUAAAUUCUCUAUAGACUCCACAACAGGAAAAUUAACUGCUAGAACAUUAGAUCGUGAAACACAGUCAAAAUAUCAUUUAACUAUAACAGCUUUUGAUCAUGGAUCUCCAGUAGCGUUGCAAGGGUCUUGUAAUAUAACAAUCAUAGUUGAAGAUCAAAAUGAUAAUGAUCCAGUUUUUGAUACUGGCCACUACUCUGCUGCUAUCCCAGAAGAUGCAAUGGUUGACACGUCAGUUAUUAAAGUAAGAGCAACAGAUGCAGAUUUGGGUUUUAAUAAAAGAAUUGUAUAUUCACUAGCGAAUGAAAGUCAAGGAUUGUUUAGGAUUGACAAUAAAACUGGGAUAAUUUUUACCACUGGUACAUUUGAUAGAGAAAAAACUAAUAUUUACCAUUUUGAAGCGGUAGCAACAGAUGAGGGACGAUAUAUAACUCGUUCCCAAAGAGUUUCAGUCGAAGUUACUAUCAACGAUGUCAACGAUAAUAAACCAAUCUUCACUAAGUACCCUUUCAAAGAACAAAUAGCGACACUUACACCGCCGGGUCAAAGCUUGUUACGGGUUUCAGCUACUGAUAAUGAUAUUGGAACCAACGCAGAAAUAAUUUACGAACUUUUAGAUACAUCCAAUCACAAGUUCCGUAUUAACCCAACAACAGGCGUUCUAACAGCAACACAAAGCUUAGCAAGUGAAAAUGGAAAGCUAAUUCACUUGAAAAUAAUAGCAAAAGACAAAGGAAAUCCUCCUCAAAGUUCUAUAGGCCUCAUAGAAAUACGUGUGGGUGACUUUUCCGAUCAAAUACCUACGUUGAACUUUCAAAAUUCAACAUACAACGUUACUAUUGAAGAAAAUAUGUCAUAUGGAAAGGAUGUACUUCAAGUGACUGCAGUCCGAAGCGAUGGGCGGCGACAGAGAAUAAUUUAUGAAAUUGGCAACGGCAACGAUCAGUAUGCAUUCGAAAUCGACUCUAACUCCGGAAUAAUAAGGGUGAAUAACUCCGCCAAUCUUGACUAUGAGUCGUAUCCGGGCCCGCGAAGGCAGCUUGUUGUAGUCGCACGCACAGAAGGAUUGCCUGUUAUAUACGGCUACUGCGACGUUAUAAUAAAUCUAAUCGAUCAGAACGACCAUGCUCCCAGGUUUACGCAACAACAAUACAUUGCGAAUGUCCUUGAGGGGAAUACUAAGGGCGAAUUCGUCGUGCAACUCGCCGCUAAGGAUGGCGAUCGUGGUGUAAAUGCGCGAAUACUUUACCACAUAGUAGACGGAAAUCAUGAUAAUGCAUUCAUUAUUGAACCUGCUUUCUCCGGAUCGGUUAAGACAAACAUUGUUCUUGAUCGGGAGAUAAGGGAGGCAUACAAACUAACGGUGAUAGCUACGGAUGAAGGUGAUCCACAAAUGACAGGAACAGCCACGCUUAGGAUUAAUGUCGUGGAUGUGAAUGACAAUCAGCCGACAUUCCCACCGCCGAAUGUCAUCUCCGUAUCGGAAGGAACGGAAGUUGGAACUGUUCUCACAUCUGUUACUGCAAACGACGUCGAUACGUAUCCGGCUUUGAAAUACUCAAUAAUGCAGGGGGACAAUAGUUUUUCUAUAGACCGAUAUAGCGGAAAGAUUGUUUUAAAUAUACCCCUUGAUUUCGAAACAAAGAAGAUUUACGAAGUAAAUGUGACUGCGUCAGACAGUGAACACGUAGCCCAAACUACCUUAACGAUAAAAAUUACAGACGUAAAUGAUAAUUCGCCAAUAUUUGAGGACAUCUCCUACAACAGGAUACUGCCUGAAGGCACAGAUACCCUAGAAAUUGGAUCCGUGAGCGCAAAAGAUGAAGAUGAUGGAGACAACGGCAAGAUAACUUAUUCGAUUCUUCGCCCAACCAAUGGGUAUUAUAUUGACGCAACAUCUGGAGCCAUAUUUGUGAAUUACAGUGCUUUACCACCGAAUCAGAGGGACACACAAUUAGCAGUAGUAGCCACUGAUCACGGAAAACCUAAUAGGAGUGCUGUGGCUUCUGUAAGGAUCAGCACGGGAGCAUCCUCGGAGAUCAAACCAUUCAUCGGGCAAGAUAGUUACAGGAUCACGGUGAACGAAAACACUGAGAAAGGAUCAUCGCUUCUUCAAAUUGGUGGUAUCAAUGAUGUGCUGAAGAAAUACAACUUGGAUAUCCAUAUUGUAUCUGGCAACGAUGGAAACACAUUUGAUGUGACUUUUGACGGGGCUCUAGUUUUACUCAAUAAAUUGGAUAGGGAGACUCAAGAAUCGUAUGUUCUAGGACUAGCAGCUGUAGAACAAGGAAAAGUAUUGCCAUAUAACCAGAACAAAACUUCUAUCACAGUAUUCAUUACGGUAGCGGACGCAAACGAUAACUCUCCUACGUUUUCUACUAAUGAAUUCGAGUUGACCAUCAGCGAAGACGUGAAAAUUGGAUACACUUUAACACAACUUACUGCCACUGAUGCCGAUUUGUAUGGAACACCCAAUGCUGCUAUAACUUAUAAUAUUACCUCAGGAAAUGAUGAGCAACUCUUUUUCGUGCAUCCAACUACUGGCAUCUUGAGUGUCAAUAAAAGUCUGGAUUAUGAUACUGGAAAUACUCAAUACAAGCUUGUCGUAUUAGCUUGCGAUGAAGGAGUGCCAUCUCUUUGUAAUGCAGUGUAUAUACAUAUUGGUAUACUCGAUGAAAAUGAUAAUGCGCCAACUUUCCCUGUUAAUGAAUACUUUGAGACGAUAGGAGAAAAUGAAAGGGUUGGUACAUCGAUAUUUACUGCACGAGCUACUGAUUUAGAUAAAGGAAGAUACGGAAAACUAAACUAUUCUAUAGCGACCUCUACAAAUAGUUAUAAUAGGAAUGAUGACUCUUGGAAAAUGUUUCUUAUUGAUUCAUCUUCGGGACUGGUGAACUCCAACGCAGUUUUUGACUAUGAAAUAAAAAAUAAAUAUGAAUUUGUGAUAAAAGCCACAGAUUUAGGAGGUAAAAGUACCACUGUAAAGGUUAGGAUUGAUAUUGAAAGCAGAGAUGAAUUCUACCCUCAGUUUACUCAAAAAACUUAUAAGUUCCGAGUACCGAAGUCGGGAUCAAUUUCUGCUGGUUAUGUUAUAGGACAAGCAACAGCCACAGACAGAGAUAAGGGUAUUGAUGGCAGGAUAGUUUACCAGUUAUCCACAUCGCAUUCUUACUUCAAAAUUAACAGAACGACGGGUGUAAUAAUAUUGAAGAAAAAAGUAGACUCGGUACAAAACCUCUUCGGUUCUGAUAAAUCAAUAAGUUUAGUAGUAACAGCUAGUUCUGGGCGACAAGGUUCAUUGACAAACAAAACAGCUGUUGAAAUUGGAAUGGAUGACCUCGCAUUAGCAUCAGAUGUCAACCAAGUGAAUGAUCCUUCGGCCGUAGCAAGUGGUGGCUUAUCAGAUUGGGCCCUAGGAUUACUCAUUGUUUUUAUAUUCAUAAUAAUUAUAUUUGCUGCAGCUUUCCUUUUCUUGCAUAUGAAAAAUAAAAGACACAAGAAAGUUAACAAACCGGGUCUGAAUUCAGAGGGCGUAGGUGCAACAAAUAGUUAUGUAGAUCCCAGCGCUUUUGACACUAUUCCUAUUAGAAAUACUGGAGCAGUAAAUACUGGAAAUCAAUUCGCGCCACCAAAGUAUGAUGAAAUCCCACCAUAUGGGCCACACACUGCGAGUUCGAAUUCAGGAGCCGCAACGACAUCUGAACUAUCAGGUUCUGAUCAAUCGGGAUCAAGUGGUAGAGGAUCAGCUGAAGACGGUGAAGAUGGCGAGGAUGAAGAAAUUAGAAUGAUUAAUGAAGGUCCCCUACAAAGAGAGUCUGGGAUUCACAGAGAUGAUGACAAUCUUUCAGAUGUAUCUGUACACAAUACUCAGGAAUACCUAGCAAGAUUAGGCAUCGUUGAUACCGGAACAGGCGGUGGUGCAUCUACCUCAUCAAGAAGAUGUUCAGAAAAUGUUGGAAAUAAAGAUACUAUGCUACACCAUGCGCCGAUAGACUCUAUGCAUAUGUUUGAUGAAGAUGGAGCUCACGAAAACGAUAUAACUAAUCUCAUAUACGCCAAAUUAAAUGAAGUCACUGGUAGUGAAAGAGCGAGUAGUGCUGACGAAGCCAGUGCAGCUGUAGAUAGAGCUAUGGCCUUAGGAGCAUUUCCAAAUGCGCCUGGAGAUAACACAGCUGUACCCACUGCGGGACCCUCAAUGACAGGUAGUUUAAGUUCUAUAGUGCAUUCCGAAGAAGAACUAACCGGUAGUUACAACUGGGAUUAUCUACUAGACUGGGGACCUCAGUACCAACCAUUAGCUCACGUGUUCUCUGAAAUAGCUCGUCUGAAAGACGAUGCCGUUUCUCUACAAAGUGGUAAUAGUGGAGCAUCAAGUGCAAAAAGUAAAGGCACUUCCAUGUCUGGUGGUAAGAGUGUUCCUCCACCUUUAUUAACUACAGUCGCCCCUCGAAGUUGUCCAGCACCAUCAUUGUCAUGUAGGCAGCCACAACUAUUAUUACCAAGGUCACCAAUUAGUCACGAUGUUCCUGGCGGGUUUUCUGCCGCCGCAGCCAUGUCGCCUUCAUUCUCGCCUUCCUUAUCACCAUUAGCUACUAGAUCGCCAUCAAUGUCACCACUAGUAGGCCCAGGCCUGCCUCCGGCUCCAGGGAAUAGGAAACCUCCGCAUUCAACUAUGAGGAUAUGA